AUGUCUUUCGGAAAGAAGGUUGCUCUUAACACCGGUACUGAGAUCCCCCAGCUGGGUUUCGGUACUUGGCAGUCUGCCCCCGGCCAGGUCGGUGAGGCCGUCUACGAGGCCCUGAAGGCCGGUUACCGUCACUUGGAUUUCGCCACUAUCUACCAGAACCAGCGUGAGGUUGCCACCGGUAUUAAGCGUGCCUACCAGGAUGUUCCUGGUCUGAAGCGUGAGGACCUUUUCAUCACAUCCAAGCUGUGGAACAGCCAGCACCGCCCCGAGGACGUUGAGGCCUCCCUCGAUGCUUGUCUUGCCGAGCUGGAGCUUGACUACCUUGAUCUCUACCUCGUUCACUGGCCCGUUGCCUUCAAGCAGGGCCCCAACUACUUCCCUCUGGUCGAGGGCAGCACUGUUGAGGGUGGCGAUGUCAGCAUCGAUGAUGAUGUUUCCAUCGUCGACACCUGGAAGGCUAUGAUCCAGCUCCCCAAGACCAAGGCUCGCGCCGUCGGUGUUUCCAACCACAUGGUUCCUCACCUUGAGGCCAUUAUUAAGGCUACCGGCGUUGUGCCCGCUGCUAACCAGAUCGAGCGUCACCCCGUCCUCCAGAGCAACGAGCUCAUUAAGUACUGCCAGGAGAAGGGCAUUCACAUCACUGCCUACUCUGCUUUCGGUAACAACGGUUUCAACGUGCCUCUCCUGAUCACUCGCCCUGAGGUUCUGGAGGUUGCCGAGUCUGUUGCCAAGCGCACUGGUAACAAGGUCACUGGUGCUCACGUUAUUCUCGCCUGGUCCCAAGUUGGUGGCCACAGUGUCAUCCCAAAAUCCGUUACCCCCUCCCGUAUCCAGGACAACUUCAACGAGAUUGAGCUUACCGCUGAGGAGGUCGCCAAGGUCAGCGCUCUGGGCCAGGACCGCAGACGUUACAACACUCCUUUCAUUGCUAACACCCCUCGCUGGAACGUUGACAUCUUCGGUGAGGCCGACGAGAAGCCUGCCGGUCACCAGGUCAUCCUGUAA